AUGUCAGACGCGCGCGCCGCUCCUGACAGUUUCGCGUUGCCCUUCAGCUUCCCAGCGCGGCUGAGUGAUGACUUGAGCUCCAUCGAUCUGUUACGUGAACAGCAGCGUCUAAUGGCUACCGCUUUGCUGAGGAUAAACGCGUCUUCCACUGAAGCUCCACAGGAGUCGUAUAACACGCCUGUGACGGUGGCCGAGGCAGCGCAGGGAGACGUUUUUAGACCUCAGGAGCGUCUCACAGGGAGGAGCAGAUUUAAUGGCACCCCAGCAGAUCAGCACACUCUGAUGGAAAAAUACAUGCCGCCGCAGUUCCAGACCAUGCCAGAGCAUAAGAAGUUUAAUCAGAACGGUUUUAUAACCAUGGACCAAGGUUCACCUUACAGCAUCAACAUGAACGUCUUUCUGCCUGAGGUCCCGUACCUGCGUGCUGGUCUUUGUCGACCUACAAGGCCCACCCUGGCACCCCAGAUGAAACCAGAACCCAUGCAUUCAGUCGGCUACCCAAGUUGCCACAAUACUGCCCCAUCAGCUCAUCCGCCCUCAGAAUAUACACAGCACUUCAGCCCAGCAAGUGCAACAUGCAGCUCUGUGUACAUCAAGCAAGAGACACAGGAGCUUGACUAUCAAGAUGUUCCACUAUUUCAGCUUCUGAAUUCAGACCUAGAUGCUGUAAUGCCCGGUCCGCAGUCUUCCAUUUGCACUUCAAUGCCAUCAUACAACAGCAUGAAUUCAUCCAUCGCUCCACUAGGAAGAAGACCCAUGUGUGACAUGAGCAGUUGUGGGUCGUCAGCUGCCGGUCACUUUGGUCAGCAUCAUCACCAGCCCAGUGUACCGUACCUUCCCCCUUCCCCUCCAAACUCUGAGCCCAGUAGUCCUGACAGAAGAAAAGAACUCUUACACAAGCUUUCACCUCCUCCCUCCUAUGCAGCCAGUAUUGCAUCUAAACUGGUAGGGCCGGCUUUAGGCCCUCAAGCAGCUGUACCAGUACAAACACAAGCCGUGCCUGCCAGGCACAACCGUAGGAACAAUCCUGAUCUAGACAAAAGGAGGAUACAUCACUGCAAUGUUCCAGGUUGUAAGAAAGUCUAUACCAAGUCCUCCCAUCUGAAGGCACACCUACGGACUCACACAGGAGAGAAGCCGUACCAGUGCUCUUGGGAGGGCUGCGAUUGGCGUUUCGCCCGCUCUGAUGAGCUGACACGUCACUUCAGGAAGCACACGGGUGCUAAACCCUUCCACUGCUCGGUGUGCAGCCGCAGCUUCUCACGCUCUGAUCACCUGGCCCUCCACAUGAAGAGACACCAGAGCUAGAACCAUGGUGCCAUGCGGCCUUUCAUACCUUUCUCUCUUUCUGUCAUUAGAACUUGGGUGUGUUGGUUUUGCUUUGGUUUUGGCAGCUCAUGAUGCACUAGUAAACUGUGUUGGCACUAGACCAGUAACCUUGUGGAACACAACAACCACGUGAUGAGAAUCUGGCCGGGAGGUUUUUUUUUAUCUGCUGUUUUUAUUUCGUUGUACUAAAAGUGUAUUUUUUUUUCAUAAAAAUGUGCCUUUUUCCUAUUUUGAAAACACAAAAUUUACUUUUAAUGCGUAAUGUAUUCCUAAACCCAUUUCAUCUAACAGUUAAUUUCACAUUUUUGAAAGUGAAAUGGAAAGCUUAACUUGUUUGGAAAGCCCUGAGGUGUUAAUAAGAUUAACAGGCAUUUUCAAAGAACAAGCUGAGUAUGGAGUGUCUCAAAAACUCCUGUAUGAAGCACAGAGUAAACAAAGAAUCAAAUCCAAAAUACCAAAGACAGAAGUUUAACCCAUUUAUUCCUGUAUCUCUGUCACGGCGAAAUGAUUCGAACCAUUUAUAGGUGGGCUUUUUGUUUUUAUAGGGAAAGAUUUUAUUUUCAAUUAAAGCACAUAAAAGAAACACAAAACGUUGACAGAUUUUAAAUAUUUCAUUUGCAACAUUAAUAGCUAUGUGUAAAUACUGUAAUUCAUUUACUCAAUUAUUUAUUUUUUAUUCAGAUGAUUUAUUUUAACUGUAUAAAGUACUUCUCUAUGCACAUCCACAUAUGUGAAUAGAGCUAUGGGAAUGAUGGUUAUAUUGAUCAAAAUAAAUCUUUUAGGUAAGUUAAGAACUACAUUAUUAUUAUUAUUAUUAUUAUUAUUUUUGGGGAUAACGGCCCUAUCAGAUAAUGCAUUUUCUACAUGUCAAGCUUACAGUGUUUUUUAUUUUGUGCUUAUGUAUGAUAUCAAUAAUGUUUUUAAAUAUUCUGUUCAAGUCCCGCUCUCUUACAGUGACAAUAUAAUAAUGAUAGCAGACAUCAUAUAAUGAAUUCUGAAGAAGGACCGUUACAUCUAAUGGCUUUUAUAUGCUUCACAUCGAGACCUAAUUUCAUGAAUGCAAUUUGUGCCAGUAUUAAAAGCAGAAGCUUUAAUACAGUGAUGCAUUUGUAUUUGGACAGCAUUUGGGUCACAGAUUUCAUACUUCAUUACCAAUUCAUGCUUCAUUAUUUUCUAUAGAAACAUUAUGUGUGCAUAAAUCAGAGUAACUCCCUUGCUGUACAAGUUAAACUGGCAUUUCCUGCUACUUUGUUCCUAGGCACUGUGUCUUGCCAUGUCUUUUACCACACCUGUCAUGUUUUAGGCACAUAGCUCUAUGAUCAUAGGUGCGGUGCAAUUACAGUGUAAUUAAACUGAAUUGAUCGAGGGAACAGCACAGGCCUGUAAAAAUGUAGCGAUAUUAUUAGAGAAUUUGGUGUUUGUAAUGUGCUGGUACAAGCCUAUAAUUUUCAUACUAUUAGCAUGUACAGAUUGACUCAUAUGUACAAUAUGAAAUAAAAUAUUGUUUUAUUUUAUACAACACA